CAAAAUGGUUACUUUUGAUAAAGUUAAACUCGCUGGUCGAAGUUGUAUGUAUCCAUGGCAUUAAUACAAUGUAUCUUUAUUGUCACACUCCAAGCUAUCAUCUGUUCACAAAAUACCAUGGAAGCAGAUCUAUUACCACAUGUUCAAUCUAAUGUAUUACAGUCAACAGCAACAAGUCCUGACAUGAUACCCCAGAGGGCUGCUUAUAGACUAAAUCGAAUUAAAUGGGAGAAUAUCGCAUUUAUGGGUUUCCAGUUUUGGUUCUUUGGCAUGGCUGUGGAUGCAGUAAAACCGUUUAUCAAAACACAGCGGAAAUAUUAAUUUUAGCUGUCGUUAAUUUCUUAUGUGCCAUCUUGGGUGCAGUUGAAGUUGUCGAUGGUGCCAAAUGGUUAAGGCUGCUCAAGAGUACGACUUCUCCUUAUUUUCAUCUGGAAAUAGCCGAAAAGAUCGAGAUUGCACUAUCUGUCACUAUUAUGGCCUUUGCUAUCGUGAUGUGCUAUCUAAGUUUUGAAAUGUCGAAGCAAUUUGGUUGGAAUAUUUAUAAAAAGAUUGGUGCAGAUGUUCGUAUUCAAAAAAUGUAUAGAGUAUUUCAAUUCUUCGUGUUAUGCUUAAAAGUCAACAUCUUUACCGAGUUUUUAGUCUCAUUAUUCUAUCUUAUUCAAUAUGCAAAAGAAGCAGGCAUCCAGAACACUAUCAAACAAGCCGAUACUUGGGUUCAAAUUGUCGUCACUGUCCUGAUGCUCCCAUUCUUAUAUUUUGCAAGAACAGCAGGAAGUACAGAGAGUAAAGCAAGAAUGAUCAUAUUCAUCAUAUUUCAAUUUCUUGUCAUUGCACACUUUUGUAUCAUCUUGAAAGACACUUUUCAACCAGAAAAUAAUUGGUACACAUGGAUCGUAUUCAUCAUCAUGGGUAUGGUCAUCGACAUCGUUACCAUUGUGCUUGGUUCCCUUUGCAUGAAAAACUUUGGUCAGGGUCUUCAACCUUAUGUUCAAAGAGGUGCAGCAAAUAAACGCAAGCAUCAUGACCUUGAAUUAAACAAGAAGAAUGCAAAUGAUACUUGGCAAAUUGAUGACUAAGUUAUAAAACAUGUAAUAUAUAAAUAUAUAUCAUCUGUAGAAAUAAACAUACUCCUUUAUCAUCUCAUUCAAUCAUGGCUCAUGUUGCCCAAUCUAAAGAUCGAUGCUUAUAAGAUCUGUUUCACAAAAGAGAGAAUAAAGAAGUACUUGAUUCUCCUAUCAUGACACUUCCCCCCUCCCUUGCUCAUUGAUCACAC